AUGACCGCUAUCGAGGAAAGAACAACAAUCUAUUCACUCCCUAACGAGAUUCUGGCACAAAUACUGGAGUGUUUACCAGCUAGAUUCCUUCCCCCAUUGGCUGGCGUAUCGCGUCGCUUUUGUGCCAACAUCCUGCGUAUUCUUCAGAUUCGACUUCUGUGGGUGGCCGCUCUGCAAGGCUGUACUCUCGAAACCUGCUUGGAUUUAAAGUAUUCACAGGACGAUUAUGCGGCUUUUGACGCCGAGUAUAUUGAUACCCCUGGUCUUUUCGCUGAGAACCUCGAUCUGCCCGAGCACCUAGCACGCCUUCCAACCCUAUACUCGAGAUGCGAGGUUCCAAACCGGCCGAGUAAAUUAUCUGGUGCCUCAAAAGCAAGUGGAGUGUCUGCAGAUAAGCUAUUUAUUGACGACAAGAGGUUCAUAUUUCUUCACUUAGAAAACGAUGCGGUAGAAAUUUUAUCUAUCCUCCAUUAUUACCGGGAAGAUUCUAUCACUUCCGAGGCGGAUAUACUGAGCUUAGGAGAUAAUGGGUUUUUAAAAUUCUCACGAGACUGGCUCAAUGAACAAGUAGACAGGCACAGUUCGGGCACCACGUAUCGCGAUGAGGACAAUGAUAUCUCUUGGGUUGAUGGCGAGAAGAACAUUGGUUUCAAGUUUCGAGUCGAAAAAUGGGAGCCUGAAUAUGCAGAGGAAAUGGGCCCCGAAUUUGAACACUGGGUACUGAUCAUUGAGGUCCCGAAAUUAUCCUCCACUUUGACGCUUGGAAACAUUUGA